CGCGUGAGCCAGAAAGCAAGCCACCACUGUGGGGAAGGAAGCACGGAGAGAGCCGGGGGCGGCACGGCACAGCACAGCGCGGCACGACACGCCUGCUUGGGCAGGGGACCGACUGCUUCAUCAUGGCUUCGGGUGCCUUGAAGACGAUGUCAGGCAGCAUGGAGGUGGCUCUGACCAGCCUCUGUGCUGUCCUGCUCUGCUGUGGCCCCAUGCUGGCUGGCUGCCGCCGGGUGACCUUCUUCCCAACCACGUUAAAUAGCCCUGCAGGUCACUCAGCCACCUUCUUCUGCAACAUCUCCAUGGAGAAUGACUCUGUCUCAGAGUACAGCCUCAAUUGGUACAAGGAGACCAACCAUAGCCAAGCCCAAAAAAUUGCUGAGAUCAGCCGGAACAACCCCCAGACAAAGACAGAGAAGUACCUGCUCACUAACCACACUCCUGCCUUCAAGAUGGAGAUCCUGAACCUUCACCAGAAUGACUCAGGCUACUACUACUGCGGGCUGAUCACCUUCUUUGAACCCAAUAAAGUGAUGGAGAGCAACCGGUCACACCUGGUGGUCAUAGCAGCCCCUGAGAAUACAAAUGCUACCGAUAAGCCUGAGAUAGAGGAAGACAAUCCACCAGACCACAUCAAGGCCAUGCUCCCGGGCAUCCUGCUGCUGGCUGGGGCAGUUGUGCUACUGAUCUUUGGCUACAUCACCAUCACAUACAGGAGAGGAGGUGUGCAGGAACCACCAAAUGAAAACGCUCCACCGAAGGAAGAGAAACCCCCCAUGGUGUCUGUCUCCACCGUGGACUACGGCGUUCUGGAGUUUCAGUGGGACCAGCGCACCCAGGUGCUCCCAGAGACCCAGCCAGUCGAACAGACUGAAUACGCCACCAUCAUCUUCCCAGAGGAGAAACCUGUCACGCCCGAGAGGGGGAAGAAACACUGGAAUGAGAGGACUCAGCAGCUGCAGUCACAGCCCUGCUGAGGGCCAGGGUCCCUCCUCACUGGGGGGUGCAGGCAGGGACAGGCUGCCCCAACUCCUCACUCCCACCGCAGUUUGCAUUUGGGAAAAAUUGCUUGUACAAGGACUGGAGUGACAGAGGCGCUGCUGUUGCAGUUGAUAUCAGACAGUCCUGGCCAUGGUGGAAUUGUGGCUGUGGGGUGAGUACCACAGGAUGAGGAAGGUCUCUGCUGGGCUCCAUGUGCUGCCUCUUUGCCCAGGGCAGGGAGGAUGGGCUGGGGCAGAGCAGCAAUGCCAUCAGGUCUGUGACAGGUGAUUUACAUCAUGCCUCGGUUUUCUACCUCCACCUGUGGCUCUCUGGAGUGGCCACGCUGCUUCCCUCACCUGGGUCUGACCCAACCAGCAAAGCAUGACCAUGGGAGGAAAUGCCAGAGGCCAGAGCUUGAGCGGCUCCUGGGGCAUGCUGCUUGAGGGAGCCCAGGGCUGAGGGCUUCUCCUCACCCACAGCAGAGACUGCCUUGCAUACCGCUAUUUAAAGAAACCUCUGGGAAGCAGGUGGCUAGUUUUCCUCCUCUCUCCGGGCACUUUCCUCCUCUGCAAGAGGGGAGAUCUACCCCUGCAUCCCUCCCUCUGCAAGUGGGAGAGGGAUCUUGCCCUGGAGGGUGAAUAAAUGGUUUCAC